CCAUUUUGAAUUUUACGCCAGUCCAUGACAUUGACCUCUAAGAAAAGGAAACACCGCAUCAACAAACAGCAAGCAUGGGUGGUAAAGGAAGUACGCAUGUUUUCCCGAAGGAUGAACACUGGUCGACUUACAAGAUUGAUGGCAUCAAAGGCCUGGAAGAACACAAAAAUAGCCUUGCUCGGGACGGGUUGAAAGAUCCGUGGAUCAGGAAUGAAGUUUGGAGAUUCCGAGAAGUUUUGCCCACAAGUAGAUUUGGUUAUAUGCGAGUUAUUGGUUACGCAGCGGUAGUUGCCACAGUUAUGGUUCUCGUGAGGAAUAACGUGGCUCCAAGGGACAAACAUAACCAACCUUACCUCUUAUAAAAGGAACGAAAGAAAGAGAGAUCAUUUCCUGGUACCAUUGGCUUUUAUUUAAGGAUUUGAAAUACAAAUAAAAUAACAAGGAAUUUGACCUGCUAGAGGUGGGUUACAGCUGUAUUCUUUUUGGAAAAAGAAUGGGAGAUGAUUCGUUUACAGAAUGGAGACUAUUUGUGCAGUUUUAUAUAUACGUACAAAAUUGUGUGUAUUAGCUAAAAGGAUUGAAUGGUUGGUGAGAGACAAAGACUAGUGUAAGACAACAGUGUAUUAUUUGCUGUAGGACGAACCAAUGCUCCAGUGGAUUGUGACAAACAUCGACUCCUCGCACAAAGUUCUGGAAUUAGCAUGUUUCUUCAUGGCAGUUAAUGUUACUUCAGAUUCUGGAUUAAAUUAUAAAUAACAAAUAAA